UGUAGCUCCUCCCCCUUGAGUGGGGCGGGGCGCUCCUGUCCGGCGGGCUCGCGGCGGCGGCAGCACCGCCCCUUUCCCCUCCCCCCCAUCUCUCGCGCCCGUCCCUCAGUAACUUGGCUGUCUUUUUCUCAGGCGAGUCUUGGCGGUUGAGAGUUUAUCGGUGCCGGAGCUGCCGCGCGACGAGAGCAGGACGUGACGGGGAGGGGGGGGGGAGAAGCAGCCGCGAAGGGGGGGGGGUCCCCCGCCGGCUGGUCCGGCCGGCCAGUGGGUCGGUCGGUCGGUGGCGGUGGUGGACGGACGGACGAUGCUCCGGCUGGUGUCGCUGAAGUUGGGGAGGCUUUACCGCUACGUGAAGCUGGCCGUGCUGGGCAUCUUGGCGGCGGCGCUGGCCCUCAACUCGCCUUCGCUGCUGGCCUCGCUGCAGCGCAACGAGCUGGCGGAGCGGCGCUUUCUGCAGCUGAACAAGUGCCCGGCCUGCUGGGGCACCAGCUGGUGCCGCAAGUUCCUCAACGGGCAGCUGCGCCUCGAGAGCUGGGGCCGCCUCCGCCUCCUCGACUUCCUCAACGUCAAGAACGUUUACUUCGCCCGCUACGGGGAGCCCCGCGAGGGCAGCCGCCGCGUCGUCCUCAAGCGCUUGGGCUCCGCGCGGGAGCUCGCCGACAUCGACGCCAAGAUCUGCCGGCGCGCCACCGGCAGGGGACGCUGCGACCUGCUCCAGGCCCUGCACGCCACCGAGUUCGCCAGCAUCAACGGCGACGUCCGGCUCCUCACCCCCGACGUCGUGGAAGGCUGGUCGGACCUGGUGCACUGCCCCUCGCAGCGCCUCCUCGACCGCCUCGUCCGCCGCUACGCCGAGACCAAGGACUCGGGCAGCUUCUUGCUGCGCAACCUCAAGGACUCGGAGCGCAUGCAGCUGCUCAUCACGCUCGCCUUCAACCCGGAGCCCCUCGUGCUUCAGAGUUUUCCUUCUGAUGAGGGAUGGCCAUUUGCGAAGUAUUUGGGAGCAUGUGGAAGGAUGGUGGCUGUGAACUAUGUGGGAGAAGAACUAUGGAGUUACUUCAGUUCUCCGUGGGAAAAACGAGUGGACUUGGCUUGGCAGUUAAUGGAAAUAGCAGAGCAACUGACAAACAAUGACUUUGAAUUUGCACUCUACCUCCUCGAUGUUAGCUUUGACAACUUUGCAGUAGGCCCUAGAGAUGGAAAGGUCAUUAUUGUGGAUGCUGAAAAUGUUUUGGUGGCUGAUAAAAGGUUAAUCAAACAAAAUAAACCAGAAAACUGGGAUGUGUGGUAUGAAAGUAAGUUUGAUGACUGUGAUAAAGAAGCUUGUCUCUCUUUCUCAAAGGAGAUCUUGUGCACUCGUGUCACUGUGGACCAUAAUUACUAUGCGAUUUGCCAGAACCUUUUAUCAAGACAUGCCACCUGGCGUGGCACUUCUGGAGGACUUCUUCAUGAUCCUCCAGCUGAUAUAGCCAAAGAUGGUCGACUUGAGGCCUUGUUGGAUGAGUGUGCCAAUCCAAAGAAGCGAUAUGGUAGAUUCCAAGCUGCGAAAGAAUUACGUGAAUACCUUGGGCGACUGAGUAAUAAUGUGAGCUAGUUCACAGUGGAUGGAUGAUCAGAAACUGUAUGGUGUUGGGACAAAGGCACGUGGAUGAAUGAGUUCUGAACUUCAAACAGGAGGUCAACCAGAAAGAGAGAAUAACAUCCAUGAACUUUUCUGAAAUAUGGACGUUGCUCUAUAGAAACAAAACUACAUAUCUUACUGCAACUGGAGCAAUUUUGACUCUCAUGAGGAGGUUGACAACUUAAUUGACUUGCAUCAAUAGGACUUCACAUAAACCUGCAUUAGUAUCACAGUUUUAUGAAAUGAAUACCGUUACUUGGAAAGUCAAGUCAUAUUGGCCUGUUUUAUAGGCUUUUAUUUCUGCUGUCAUUCUGUUGUUUCCCCAUCAUCCCUGCAUACAACAUAAAGUGGCAUUUACACACAUGCUGAAAAGCCCUAGAUGUCCCUCAUAGUUCUUGAAAGUAGUAGAUUUUCAUUUUAAUGUUGUGUGCCAUUUAACAUGCAGGGAUCCUAUGUUUAUUCUCAUACUGAACUCUUUCCACUGUUUCUUACAGUUUUUAUGCCUUAUUAAGGAUAUGCUUAUAAAAACAGCCUUAACUGUUAUGUGAACAUAACCCAGUUAUAUUUGAAUUCUUUGUAAUUCUGCUGCAGGUUAUGCUUCACAAACUGGUUAAGUAUUCCAUCUUUACUCUAAUAUGAAAAAAUGCCCAUUGAGUAGGGAAUCAAUGUUUAGAAAAACCUAACUUUUGAAAAGAUAAAGGGUUGGAUCCAGACUUAACCAUGUUUAGUGUAGAUCCAUCAGAAUCAUUCAGAUUUAAGUCAUGACUAAAUUAAACUUAAAUUAUUUAAGUGGAUCUGUUAUAAGCAUGAUGAAUACUGGGUCCAGACUAAAGUUUUUUGGGGGAGAAGUGUUAGAACAAGUUAAAAUGAAGACAGAUACAACAGUUUGAUGGUGUAGUGGACUACAAGCCAAAGAAAUUGGUUGUAUUUAACUUCCUAGUCACUUAAAAUUAUGUACUGUAGUGACACUAAUUCAUUGACAGUUUUCAGCAGGUUUAUUGUUAUUCUUGAGAGAAACUCCACCUCUAGUUAGAACCUUAUGAAGAUCCAUAGGUGAAUGCCUAGCAGGCUAGGAUUUGUUCUGCUUUAUUCACAGUUCUGCAGAAUUUGAAUUGUAAUGAUGUUUACGAAACGUUUAAUCAUGGGAUUGACUAUUUAAUACUACUUUUCAUGUUUACUGUAGAGGCCUUGCAUUAAGUCUUUCAGUUGCAGUUCAAACAAUAUUCAGAUGGUGGUUCUUCACUUAAAAUCACUCCCAUAAAUCAGAUGUUGAUUAAGAAAUUGGAUCACUAGUGACAUAUUUUGUUAAAGAAGCUUGCUUUUCUUUUUGCUUCCUCAAAAAAUAAAACCACUUGGGUCCUCAGA